CCUCAAUUUUUGUCUAUAUAAAAGGGUCCACUCUAAUCUAUGUCCUCCACUCAACACAAAGAAUCUAAGUGAUAAGAAAAAUAAGUGAAAUCCACUAUGUCAAAAUUAGCCACCCUCUUCUCUUUGGUUCUUCUAUUGAGCUUUAGUUUAACACAUUCAUCUCGUCCUAAUCUUGGAUUUAAAGAUGUCUCUUCUUUGCGUGAGGAUCAUGUUGAUAGCAAGGCAUCAAGUGUAGAUUUGGAAGAUGAGAGUUGUGAUGAAGGAGAACAAGAAUGUUUGACAAGAAGGACUCUAGAAGCACAUCUUGAUUAUAUCUACACUCAACAUAAACCCAAAAAUUAAUGCCAUUCACCAUAUGCCAUAAUAGUUCAAGAAAGAAAAAUAUGAUUAAUAAUAUAAAUUUUUGUUUCAUGUAUAAAAAAAAAUGCUUAAUUUGGUUGAGUUUUUUUGUUUUUGUUAGAAUUAUAUUUGAAUAUAUAUACAUGUACUAUAUAUACAUAUAUUUUCGUAAUAGUUUCAGGCAAGGGUGUGAUUUUAUUGAUUUAAGCUUUUGCA